AUGCCGGUGAUGAGAGGGCUGCUGGCCCCACAGAACACCUUCCUGGACACCAUCGCGACGCGCUUCGAUGGAACCCACAGCAACUUUGUUCUGGGGAACGCCCAGGUGCAGUCGCUCUACCCCAUCGUCUACUGCUCCGACGGCUUCUGUGAGCUCACGGGUUACGCCCGGGCAGAGCUCAUGCAGAAGAGCUGUGCGUGUCACUUCCUGUACGGCCCCGAGACGAGCGACAAGUUAACGGCUCAGAUCCAAGGAGCGCUGGACGAGAGGAGGGAGUUCAAGACCGAGCUGGUCUUCUACAAGAAGGAAGGAACGCAGUUCUGGUGUCUUCUGGACAUUGUGCCCAUCAAGAAUGAGAAGGGCGAGGUGGUUCUGUUCCUCGUGUCCCACAAAGACAUCACGGACAAGAAGAAGGACCAGGACCCGGAGCAGGGACCUGAAACAGAUGAAGAAACCGGUCUGGAGGUGCAUCAGGUCACUCGACCACCCGGAUUCAACUCAAACCGUCGCCGCAGCAGAGCCGUCCUCUAUCACCUCUCCGGACACCUGCAGAAACAAGACAAGAGCAAGCUCAAGAUCAACAAUAACAUGUUCGGGGAGAAGCCUCCGAUCCCCGAGUACAAGGUAGCAGCCAUCCAGAAGUCCCGCUUCAUCCUGCUCCACUACGGGACCUUCAAGGCCGGCUGGGAUUGGCUGAUUCUGCUGGCGACUUUUUACGUGGCGGUCACCGUGCCCUACAACGUGUGUUUCACCGUGGUGGGAGGGCGGGAUGAGGGGAGCAGCACCGCCCCACGGAGCCCGCCCAGCGUCAGCGACAUCCUCGUAGAGAUCCUGUUUAUUUUAGACAUCCUGCUGAACUUUCGAACCACCUUCGUGAGCACAUCGGGUCAGGUCGUGUACGACGCCCGCUCCAUCUGCGUUCACUACGUCACCACCUGGCUCUUUGUCGACCUCAUCGCCGCGCUGCCCUUUGACCUGCUGUAUGCUUUCAACGUCAGCGUGUACUUCGGGGUUCAUCUCUUGAAGACGGUUCGCCUGCUGCGGUUGCUGCGGCUGCUGCAGAAGCUGGAGCGGUACUCUCAGUACAGCGCCGUGGUUCUCACGCUGCUGAUGUCCAUGUUCGCUCUGCUGGCUCACUGGAUGGCGUGCGUCUGGUACUUCAUCGGCCGGAGGGAGCUGGAGAGUCCCGGCUCCUGGGAUAUCGGUUGGCUCCAUGAGCUCGCCAAGCGCCUGGGCUCCCCGUACUUCCUGUCCCCUCUCACCACGCUGGUCUCCUCCACCGUCAGCAGCCCGGGCAACAGCAGCCAGUGGAACGUGUCGGGGUCAGAGGUCACGGGUCCGAGCUCCUGGAACUCCACCCAAGCUUACGGGAACGUGUCCGGAGGAGAGGCCGUGUCUGGGAUGGGCAGCGGGGGAGGAGGUUUCGGGGCGCUGGGUGGAGGGCCCUCAAUGAGGAGCAGCUACGUGACGUCCCUGUACUUCGCUCUGAGCAGUCUGACCAGCGUUGGGUUUGGAAACGUGUCGGCCAACACGGACUCAGAGAAGAUCUUCUCCAUCUGCACCAUGCUCAUCGGAGCUCUGAUGCAUGCCGUCGUGUUUGGUAACGUGACGGCCAUCAUCCAGCGGAUGUACUCACGCCGCUCGCUCUAUCACACCCGCACCAAAGACCUGAAGGACUUCAUCAGAGUCCACCGGCUGCCCAAAGCUCUGGAGCAACGCAUGCUGGAGUGUUUCCAGACCACCUGGUCCGUCAACAACGGGAUCGACGUCAGUGAGCUCCUGAAGGACUUCCCGGACGAGCUGAGGGCCGACAUCGCCAUGCACCUGAACAAGGAGCUGCUCCAGCUGCCUCUGUUCGAGUCGGCCAGCAGAGGCUGCCUGCGCUCGCUCUCCCUCAUCAUCAAGACCUCCUUCUGCGCUCCGGGAGAGUUCCUGAUUCGGCAGGGAGACGCCCUGCAGGCCAUCUACUUCGUCUGCUCGGGGUCCAUGGAGGUUCUGAAGGACAACACUGUGCUGGCUAUACUGGGUAAAGGAGAUCUGAUUGGCUCGGACUACCUGACGAAGGAGCAGGUGAUAAAGACCAACGCCAACGUGAAGGCGCUGACGUACUGCGACCUGCAGUACAUCAGCCUGAAGGGCCUCAGAGAAGUCCUGCGGCUGUACCCGGAGUACGCUCAGAAGUUCAUCAGCGAGAUCCAACACGACCUCACGUACAACCUGAGGGAGGGCCACGGCGCCGACGGGGAUUGGGAGAGUAACGGCGGCCUGGUGAAGAAGCUGCCCUCCAUCCGUGAGGACGAGGAGGGCGAUGAGGAUCAGAACUCGGUGUCACGGGCCCCCCGCUCCCCGCUGCGUCUCAGCAGGGGACUCAACUCGCCCCUGCGCUCGCCCCUCCUCCCUCCGAGGCCCUUCCGCGCUCCCUCUGAGCACUGCCGCCCCACCACCCUGCAGAUCCCCGUGGUCAGCUUCAGCUGCGCUCCGCCUGAACUCAGCCCCAGAUUCGUGGACGGCAUCGAAGCUGAGAGCAUCUCCAACUCAUCGCAGAAGUUUGAGUUCAGUCCCAGCAUGUCUCCUGCAGCGCCGCCCUCCCCAUACCACGGGAGCCGGGAUCACUCUGAGAUCAAGCAGAGCGUGUCCAAACUGAGUGAGGAGAUGAACAGUCUCUCCAAACAAGUCUCCACGCUCAGCCAGGAGCUGCAGGAAAUGACACGCCUCCUCAAGCCCCUCCUCCAAACCGCUCUGCCGCAGCCAAUCCUGAUGAACAUGAUGCCAAAUUUCACCCCGCCCCCGAGCAGUGCCAGCCAGUUAUCGACGAGCACCUGCCUCAUGGUCCCACCCUCCUCCACACCCUGUCCCCUGCAGAGACCGGACACUCACUCCCUGUUGGACAGCGGGGACCUGGAGGGGGUGGACCUGCCGGGUUGCCUUCUGCCCACUCCUCAUUCACCACAAAGGCCUAGCUCCUCUCCUUCAUCCCCCCCACAGCCCCCAUCCAAACUUCAGAGCCUCCACUCCAACUUCCCCCCGCCUCAGGACAGACUUCCUGAAGGAUCCCCUGCCCCGCGGAGCCCCCAUGCCUCCCCCAGUAAUGGGAUGAUUCUGCCCCCCCUGCAGGACCAGCCCCCUUUGGUUUCCCGCACUCCUUCACCUUCGCUUUCUUUCUCAAUGUCUCUCUCCUCCUCUUCAUCUCUCUCUCCAUGCCAAGGCCCCCACCUGUCCCGACCUGGUAGCUGCACCAGCCGAGGCCACCUCCCUCGGCCUCCCUCCCAAGACACCCCACCUCCUCCUCCUCCCUCCUCCUCCCACUGCUCAGCUCCUCCGUCCCUCACAGCCUCCCCCGGAGACUCUCGGCUGAGACCUUCCCCGUCCGUACCUCUCGUCUCUCCCCCAACCGCCCCCUUCCACCCCUCCACCCAGUCCCUGCCCGUGUCUUUGGACUCUACGAGGAGAGGCACCCAGACUCCACCUUGGUGCAAGUCCCAGCUGCACUGCAGGGAGGCAAAACCUACGACUCCCCCGCAGGAGGUGGAGAUGCAGGAGUGGGGAUCACAGAUGGAGGAGGACAGAUCCUCCACGGAGCACAUCAGCUUCAUUGAUGAAGAGGAACCGGGGUUAUGAACGAGUGAACCGAGCAGAGGUGAAAGGUGACAAAGGAGAGGAAAUAAAGAAACCGGGGAGACGUCGUCUGCAUGAAACGAAAACCAAGAGGAGACAAAACGGCAGAACAAAGGAGGAACAGGAAACAGAAGUCGGCCCACGACUGGACGCAGCUGUCAGCACAUCAGUGUGAAGGUGUGUUUACCUUCGCUGAUCCGCCAGAGCUGCAGCAGCACACAGCAUCAGGACUUCAGUAGCAACAGUCGCUCUGCAGCUGCUGGGACACACAGGACCAGGAAACGUCUUUACAGCUGGUUCAUUUCACCCGUGGAGACGACUGAGCUCCUUUAAAUGUUGAUUUCUUUUUUUAGUCGUCUCCUCUUCAGAGAACACACGUCUGAGGUGGAAGUCACGUCUUUGCUGGAGCCGGACGGUUCGAGAUGCCACUAGGAAUGUAAACGUGUCAUUCAGUCUCCAUCACAUCAGGUUGCAUCAUCUGGAAGGCUUCAUCAUGGGAUUAUUGGAGGAGGUAAACACCCGGCUGGCAUCAAAUCAUCUCCUCAGAGUCAUUCCUUUUGCUUAUUUUUGCAUAAAGAUGGUCAAAUCUGUUUCAACCUGCCCACAUUUUCCUUCCCUGUAAUGAAAGUUUGAAGUGGAGGAUGCUAACACGCAGAGAUACUUCACUUAUUGGAGGUAUACGUCUGAGUUAGCCACCGGGACGUGUGCCAAAGACAAAGGCAAGAGAAGCGCGGGGGAACCUCUAGAAUCAUAAUCAGCAGCCAUAUAUAUCUGUUCGUCACCAUCAUGACUGUUUACAACCAGCCAAUCAGAUUGUAUAGCAAGAACUCCCACAUCACUCCUGAGCUUUAGCCAUCCAGCCAUUCGUGCCUUCUCCACAUAAAGACAUGAGACUCCACCACAGUCCUCACCUGUUACCUACAGGAACACAUCUGGAUCCAAACUUUUACACAGACAGCCAUCAGUGUCACCCUCAGAGACCAUGAGCACCUUUAUCUAAGUUAUUUAUUUAUUUAUGGAGGAGAAGUGAUUUAUUUUUUGAAAGCAAUGAGAAGUUAUUUUGCAUG